CCACAGGAAUGCUUGUUCAGUUGGUCAGUCUCGUUGCAACGUUUAUCGGUUUGGAUACCAAGAAACUAUAUUGAAUGGUUUUACUUUUUUGAGAUUCUAUUUGUCGACAUUAUGAUUCCAGCUUGAGUAACCACUCGGACACUGGUCAGGACUCUUGGACAAUCCCGCAGUCCCGCAGUCCCGCCGGGCACCCUUCAAGAUGGGUUUGGUGAAGAGUGUGAUUUGUCUGGUGCUUUUCAUAUCAUUUAUGACAUUUGUUUUGUUCUUUGGAAGACUACCAGCCUUAAGGAGAACGCCCAUCGGUGCCUUGCAUCGACUUUUCAUGAUACAUAUUCCCAGAUUUCUGUUCUCUCUGGAUCAAAAAAUCAGCAAUGGGCGUGUGUAUGCCUCAGGUGCGGAGACGCUGCGGUUUGUUAUGAACGAGCGGCACCCGACAGUUCUUAUCUUGUUCAUUCUCCUGCUCUCCGUCUCAGAAUACCUCUACCUACCCUUUGUCUUUCCCGCCCAAACUACCGCCACCCAAGCAGUAAUUAUUCCAAUCACCCUCAUGCCCUACAUAUUCCUUUACCUUGCUGCGUACUCGGACCCUGGCUUCAUCACCAAUGCCACCCACGCAACCGACAUGCGCCUCUACCCCUACGACCAUGUUAACUUCCACCCAUCCGCCAUAUGCAGCACCUGCGACUUCAUCAAACCGCCUCGCUCAAAGCACUGCGCCCUCUGCAAGCACUGUGUGUCACGGUCAGACCAUCACUGUAUAUUCAUCAACAACUGCGUUGGCUACGGCAACACACAUUGGUUCAUCCUCCUCCUCCUCUCCACCACCCUCCUGACCGCCGCCGGCGGCUACCUGGGCGUGAUAUACAUCAGCGAUAUCAUCAAGGCGCGGUAUAGCUCUUUUACUAUCCGCGGAACGGGGUACACGUGGCGCGAUUAUGCGAAUUUCUGGCUCUGGGGAAUACACGUUAAACCUGGUGCUGGCGGUGUCACGCUCCUGUGUGUAUUGAGUACCGCGUUAAUUGCUGCAUUGGCCGCAUACACGCUAUAUCAGGUUUGGGCGGGCGUUACAACGAACGAGAGCGGGAAGUGGGAUAACACGAGUUGCGAUAUUGAGGAGGAGUCCCUGUAUAUGCGAACUCUUGACGAACAUAGACCGCGAGAUCCCGGUGUUGAACCGCGUGUAAAGUGGCCAGUGCAACCAAAGCUCAUCAGCAUGAGCUGUGAAACCAAGCCGCCGAGUAAUGCGAAGAGUCUACAGGGACAGGGAUACGGGGAGUGGGUGCGUGUGGAGAGUUUGCAUGACUUGGAGAAUGUCUAUGAUAUCGGAUUCUGGCGCAAUAUUGUGGACCUGUUUCUUCCGCGCUCAGCUUGUGAAACUCGAUACGCUGAAGAUUAGGACGGCAUUUCCAAUGCCAAGAAGUUGGGAACUUGGAGCUGCAGUAUAUAGGAGCAGUCGGCCAGUGAUAGGUGGGGGCCACGAAGAUAAUGUAUGGCGGGGAAAAUUACAAUGCGGCGAAUUUUCGUACUUUUUAGAUAGAAAGGAUACCACUGUUGGCGAUGUUUGUGAAUGCAAUGCCAUGUUUUGAAAGAG